UUUUCUGAAACCAUUAAGAAUAUGUAUACCAUACACCUCGCUGGGAUUGUAGUUCAAUUGGUCAGAGCACCGCCCUGUCAAGGCGGAAGCUGCGGGUUCGAGCCCCGUCAGUCCCGAACUAGGAUCCGACCGAUGAAUGGAGAAAUGAAUUUAUCUAUUUUCCGUGAAAAAGGAGACAGGGGGCAAGAUCUAAUCCCCAGUGGAGAUCCUUAUUUCUUUUGUUUUUCAUUUCGCAUUUAUCAUCAGACAAAUACAGGAAUUUCCAUUUCUUCCACUAGUGCCGAGUGAUAAGGGAGAGACAUAACAUAUAUAGAUUCGUACAAUCGGUGGUAUUCCUAUAUUUAGUAUUUUAAGAGAUACUCGUCUGACUUUCUUUUUCGAUUUUCUUGAUAAAUGAAAUAGAAUAGAGUGCUCCUAUUUUUACCGAGAGUACAUACGCAAAUUGUAUUCGUUUAUUGUACAAUACAUAAUGAACUUAACAUAAUUACCUCGACAGAGUACUUGUCAGGUUAAACGACAACCCUUUUUAGCUUCGACUUUGUUUGUGUAUCCUCAAUGACUAAUUGGAAACAAUCUAUCUCAUUCUCAUUUAAAUUGCACACUGAAUUUUUGAUGUAUGCCUUCCAGUCCCAAUCGAAGAAAGAGAUACUAAUCAAAUAAAAGAAAAGACCAAGCAACGUUCCUUUUUAUUAAAUUUGUUGGAAUUAUAUUAGAUCUUUUAUACUUAACCCGUCCUUUUUCCAUCUCACUUCUACUCUUUGGAUCUGUGUGUGAUUCAUAGAAUACCAGUCAUAUAAUACCUCAUAAUUGUAUGUACAUAAUUGUAUGUAUAAGUAUAACGAAGGAGGAGUAUAUAAGGAAGACGGUAGGGUUAUUUAUAGAAAAGAAAAAGUGGAAAAGGAUGAAAAUUCAAUGGGAUUCUUUAUUGGAUCAGGAAUCCCAUUUCAGAUUUAGUAUGGAUAAAGGAUCUUCCUAUGUUAUACUAUUCAAUUCUCGACGAUGAAUCGAUUUGAUAGAUCAGAUAUUGUUAUUCAUAAUAUUGAUCCGAUUCAGUAUCAUCAGGAUGCAAUUCAUCCCAUUGAAUUUACAGGAAUCAAAUUUCUCAUCUCUAUGGGAUUAGAUCCCGAGUUAUUGCGAAGUAAAAAAACAAUGAGAUUAUGGAAGUAAAUAUUCUCGCAUUUAUUGCUACUGCACUGUUCAUUCUAGUUCCUACUGCCUUUUUACUUAUCAUCUACGUAAAAACAGUCAGUCAAAAUGAUUAAUUUGACUGAAACUUGAUUUAUUAGUUCUUAUCAAUGAUUGAAUAAAUGAAAGAAACGGAUUCAAACUCCAAGUCUUAAAUGAAAUGAUCUGUCUGGAAUCAUAAGUAUCUGAGAUAAUAAGUAUCUGAGAUAGUAGUAUCUGAGCCGAGAUAGUAUGGUAUAGUAUUUAUUAUCCUAUUAAUGAUUUUCAUAGAAAGUUGUACUGUAUACAGAUAUAGGCUUUUAUAUAGAGAAAGCCUAUAUCUAGGUCAAUAUACAAUAUGUAUGUACAUAGAUUAGAUGUAUAUCUAAAUAGUACAUCAAAAUAACAGUCCAAUUCUAUUAUUUUUUUGGCUACAUUUACUUGUGUGGAUUUCGAUCAAUUCAAAAUAAUUGAAGACCAACUCUUCUAAUUCCUGGCUUUCUUAGAAUUUAUAUAUAUAUAGGUAUAGGUCCCGAGAUCUAUCAAAGGAAUCAAUGGAGCAAGACAAAAAGAGUAUGGGCAUAUUCUACUAUAAAUUAAAUAAAAAAAAAGAUAAAAGAAAACGAAACCAAAGAAAAGAAUCUUUUUCUUUUUUUAGAUUUCCCAUCUCAAGAAGUCAUUGCUUGAUCUAUUAACAGAUGAUCUGCGGAGUUCUAUUCCAUGAUAACUUCUUCAGAUUUGAAAAAGAAGUAGAUUAAUAGAGUAGACCUUCCCAAUUUUUUAUGCUUAAACAUGACAUGAGAUGAGUCAAAAAAAGCAUAAAAAAAUCUCUAGGAGUCUAAAAAAAAGGUGAAAUGCGCGAUAUGUGGAUCGCUCAACGGAAGAAAGAUCUAAUCUUAUUAUGUGUAGAACCUCUUUGGACAACAACUAGUCAUUUCCAAUAGAAAGUAUGUAUUGUCGUAAUCUAAUAUAAUUAGAAUAGCGGAACGGCUUUCUCUUCUCUUAGAACAGUAAAAGUAAAGAAAGAGGGAAACAAAUAAAGAAAAAAAGAAAAAACCAAUUUCAGAUUUUUUCUUUUUGUAAUAUCCAUAAUUCUGGUAAGAGCUGGUUUAUCAAAAUAGAAUAUUUAGGAAGAAUUCGGUUGGAAAAAAUUUCCUAUCAUGCGUAGAUUUAGGUUUCGAAAUACAACUAUAGUAAUCAUUCAUUCUUUGAUCGAAUGGUUAUUAUUCAUUAUUGUAUUUUCUUAUUCAUUACUGUAUUUCAGUAUAAUUUUGAAACAGAGACAUUCUUUUUUUAAAGCUUUGCAAAACGAUCAAUUAAACAAUUGAUAGAAUUCAAUUACUCAAUCGAUUACUCGAUUAGUAGUACCCCUAGAGUCCACUCCUUCCCCAUACUACGAGUGAGAGGGAAAAUGUAAAGACUACCAUUAAAGCAGCCCAAGCGAGACUUACUAUAUCCAUAUAAAUUAUGUCUCCUAUCUCUAUGAAGGAAUUAUUCCAUUAUUGAUCAAUAAUCAUAGUGGAAUCAAUGGCGCAGAGUCAAAAUGGAAUUCUGACUUAACUUAAGGCUAUUGAUGAACCAAUCCAAUGAAUCUACUCGUAACAAGAUUAUAAGAUUUCUGGUAGAAUCGGGAAGCAUUAAGCAUAAAUACAAUACACACACCUUUUCUCGGAAAAUGAAAUAACAAAGGAAUACUCCUAUCCCAAUGGAACAUGUAGGAGUACUAAGACCUAUUGUUUGUUACCCUUUUUCAUAAGCAAAAGACAUCAAAAUAUACCAUCAAGAUAGAUAACUAUCUAUCAGAUACCUCUAUUUCCUAUUUGAUCUAAGCCUUACUGUUUUUUUUGUGAAAGAAUGGGGAGACACCAUCACCAGUAUUACAUACAUUCUUUCUUUUUUUCGUAAUCCCCCUAUCUUACACGGGCAAAGAAAUUCCUACACGGGCAAAGAAAUUUUUUUGUUUCUUCAACUUUUACUUUUACUCUUUACUCAAUAAGAGCCGACCAACUAUCCUGAUUGAAUGUUUGAGUACUCAGAGACUCUCGUGAGUCUGGAUACAAAGUAUCUUCAGUCCUUUCCACAACUUCUAAAUUGAUUUCCCAUCAGCCUAUCCAAUCGAAUUCCAGACAGAGUCAGUAGACACAACGGUGGUAGUGUAAAAUAAUUAGGAAUUCUUGAUAGUCUUUCGUACAAUCUCUUCUUCAAUCCUAGUAGCAAAAAUGGAGUGUCCUUUAGGAACCUUUGGAUACCAAGAUUUCCGACCUCUUACUUUCGUAGUUUUGAAUCCCAGAAUUUACUUUCACUAUUUAUUUAUUCUACUUAUAAAAUAAAUGUCCGAACCAAUCAUAAUCAUAUUAAAAUCAUAAUCAUAUUAAUAAGUAAGGCUUACUUCAUCCCUAUUUGUACCGGUUUGGGCCACACCCAAAGCCCGGAUUUUUAGAAAAAAAUUGACUUUCUUUAAAAAAAUUGACUUUCUUUAUAGAACUACAGAUUCUAAAAAUAAAGUAUCGAUAGGCUUAUCCUUUUGCCUCUCCUUCUCCGGGGACAGAAUUCGUCGAGUUAAAUCAGCAGAAUAAGAAAUCCCAAGUUUUUUGUUGAUCAGGCGACACCCAGAUUUGAACUGGGGAUAAAGGAUUUGCAGUCCCCCGCCUUACCACUUGGCCAUGUCGCCAAACCAAAUUCGAUCCAAAUAAGAUAAAAAAUAGAUUUCUGGUCAAAGACUGAAAAAUUCAGGGCAAAUUGGAACCAUUAACUAUUUGUUUUGUUGUUUUGAAUUAGCGAAAGGUUCUUCAAUUUGUAUCUCAAAUUGUUGCGUUUCCUUAAUGGCAUAACAAAAUCAAAUUGAUUUAUGACUAAUUCAGUAUCAAUUAUUUUCAAUAAUCAAUCUUUUUCAAUUUCAAUUAUAACAAUAUAAAUUAUAACAAUAUAUAUGUGUAUAUGUAAACCUCAAAACAGAAAUUGUUACACAGAUACCGCUCUUAUGUACAUAUCCCAUAUCCCUAUAGAGAAUCGUCGUGCCUUCUUUUUUCAUUUUCUAUAUGCAAUAGAAAAAAUAGGAAUUAUGAUAUAGUGCGACCUGACUUCUGUUGCCACAAGUGAAAUUACGAUAAAAGAUGUGAUAUGCGGACAGGUAGAUAGCUAUAUUGGCAUGCACUUAAUAAAUAUUACUCCUAUUACGCAAUUCAAUCAUAUUCUAUAUAUUCUACUAGCAAAAAAAUAAUUCGAAAUUUUUUUUGAACAUGAAAUGAAACUCAAAUAAAAUUAAGUAUGCUAAAAAGGGAAACUCUAUAUUGUUCCUGUUGUACCUGUCGCAAAUUCGAACUUGCGUCGAAAAUGCUCUUCAUUCCUCUGUCUCAUUUCCGUUCAUACGUAUGAAAUACAUAUAUGGUAUAUGGAGUUGGCUAAAAUUUCAUGUGAUUCAGUAAACAGAAUAUACAUUCCAUCAUUGCUAGAUCGAUCCGUAUGGUUCGAUAAAUAGUGAGCUAAUAAUGGGAUUUUUCAAUAAACAGGAAACUUAAGAUUAAGAUGCUCCGGAAUGAUGGAAAUGAGGGAAUGUCCACAAUACCUGGAUUUAGUCAGAUCCAAUUUGAGGGAUUUUGUAGGUUCAUUAAUGAGGGCUUGACGGAAGAAUUUCAUAAGUUUCCAAAAAUUGAAGAUACAGAUCAAGAAAUUGAAUUUAAAUUAUUUGUGGAAAGAUAUCAAUUGGUAGAACCCUUGAUAAACGAAAGAGAUGCUGUGUAUGAAUCACUCACAUAUUCUUCUGAAUUAUAUGUACCCGCGGGAUUAAUUUGGAAAACCGGUAGAGAUAUGCAAGAACAAACCGUUUUUAUUGGAAACAUUCCCCUAAUGAAUUCCCUGGGAACCUUUAUAGUAAAUGGAAUAUACAGAAUUGUGAUCAAUCAAAUAUUGCAAAGUCCUGGUAUUUACUACCGUUCAGAAUUGGACCAUAACGGAAUUUCUGUCUAUACCAGCACAAUAAUAUCAGAUUGGGGAGGAAGAUCGGAAUUAGAAAUUGAUAGAAAAGCAAGGAUAUGGGCCCGUGUAAGUAGGAAACAAAAAAUAUCUAUUCUAAUUCUAUCAUCAGCUAUGGGUUCGAAUCUAAGAGAAAUUCUAGAUAAUGUUUGUUACCCUGAAAUUUUCUUGUCUUUCCCGAAUGAUAAGGAGAAAAAAAAGAUUGGGUCAAAAGAAAAUGCUAUUUUGGAAUUUUAUCAACAAUUUGCUUGUGUAGGCGGGGAUCCGGUAUUUUCUGAGUCUUUAUGUAAAGAAUUACAAAAGAAAUUUUUUCAACAAAGAUGUGAAUUAGGAAGGAUUGGUCGACGAAAUAUGAACCGGAGACUGAAUCUUGAUAUACCUCAGAACAAUACAUUUUUAUUACCACGAGAUGUAUUGGCUGCUGCGGAUCAUUUGAUCGGAAUUAAAUUUGGAAUGGGUACACUUGACGAUAUGAAUCACUUGAAAAAUAAACGGAUUCGUUCUAUAGCGGAUCUGUUACAGGAUCAAUUCGGACUGGCUCUUGUUCGUUUAGAAAAUGCGGUUCGAGGAACUAUAUGUGGAGCAAUUCGGCAUAAAUUGAUACCGACUCCUCAAAAUUUGGUAACUUCAACUUCAUUAACAACCACUUAUGAAUCGUUUUUUGGCCUACAUCCUUUAUCUCAAGUUUUGGAUCGAACUAAUCCAUUGACACAAAUCGUUCAUGGGCGAAAAUUGAGUUAUUUGGGUCCUGGAGGAUUGACGGGGCGAACUGCUAGUUUUCGGAUACGAGAUAUUCAUCCUAGCCACUAUGGACGUAUUUGUCCAAUUGACACGUCCGAAGGAAUCAAUGUUGGACUUAUUGGAUCCUUAGCCAUUCAUGUGAGGAUUGGCCAUUGGGGAUCUAUAGAGAGUCCAUUUUAUGAAAUAUCUGAAAGAUCAAAAGAGGCACAGAUAGUUUAUUUAUCACCAAAUAGAGAUGAAUAUUAUAUGGUAGCAGCGGGAAAUUCUUUGGCCUUGAAUCGGGGUAUUCAGGAAGAACAGGUUGUUCCAGCCCGAUACCGUCAAGAGUUCCUGACUAUUGCAUGGGAACAGAUUCAUCUUAGAAGUAUUUUUCCCUUCCAAUAUUUUUCUAUUGGAGCUUCCCUCAUUCCUUUUAUCGAGCAUAAUGAUGCGAAUCGGGCUUUAAUGAGUUCUAAUAUGCAGCGCCAAGCAGUUCCGCUUUCUCAGUCCGAGAGGUGCAUUGUUGGAACUGGACUGGAACGCCAAACGGCUCUGGAUUCGGGGGUUUCCGCUAUAGCCGAACACGAGGGAAAGAUCAUUUAUACUGACCCUCACAAGAUCAUUUUAUCAAGUAAUGGGGACACUACUAUAAGUAUAAGUAUUCCAUUAGUUAUCUAUCAACGUUCCAACAAAAAUACUUGUAUGCAUCAAAAACCUCAGGUUCCGCGGGGUAAAUGCAUUAAAAAAGGACAAAUUUUAGCGGACGGUGCGGCUACAGUUGGGGGGGAACUUGCUUUAGGAAAAAACGUAUUAGUAGCUUAUAUGCCAUGGGAGGGUUACAAUUCUGAAGACGCAGUACUAAUUAGCGAACGUCUGGUAUAUGAAGAUAUUUAUACUUCUUUUCACAUCCGGAAAUAUGAAAUUCAGACUCAUGUGACAAGCCAAGGACCUGAAAGAAUCACUAAGGAAAUACCACAUCUAGAGGCUCAUUUACUCCGCAAUUUAGACAGAAAUGGAGUUGUGAUGCUGGGAUCUUGGGUAGAAACAGGUGAUAUUUUAGUAGGUAAAUUAACACCUCAGACAGCAAACGAAUCGUCGUAUGCUCCAGAGGAUAGAUUAUUACGAGCCAUACUUGGAAUUCAGGUAUCCACUGCAAAAGAAACUUCUCUAAAACUACCUAUAGGCGGAAGAGGUCGCGUUAUUGAUGUGAGAUGGAUCCGGAAAAAGGGGGGUUCCUGUUAUAAUUCAGAAAUGAUUCGUGUAUAUAUUUCACAGAAACGUGAAAUCAAAGUAGGUGAUAAAGUAGCUGGAAGACAUGGGAAUAAGGGUAUCAUUUCAAAAAUUUUGCCUAGACAAGAUAUGCCCUAUUUGCAAGAUGGAACACCUGUUGAUAUGGUCUUCAACCCAUUAGGAGUACCAUCACGAAUGAAUGUGGGACAGAUAUUUGAAUGCUCGCUCGGGUUAGCGGGGGAUCUGCUAAAGAGACAUUAUAGAAUAGCACCUUUUGAUGAGAGAUAUGAGCAAGAGGCUUCGAGAAAACUAGUGUUUUCCGAAUUAUAUGAAGCCAGUAAGCAAACAAAAAAUCCAUGGGUAUUUGAACCCGAAUAUCCGGGAAAAAGCAGAAUAUUUGAUGGAAGAACAGGAAAUCCUUUUGAACAACCUGUUCUAAUAGGAAAGUCCUAUAUUUUAAAAUUAAUUCAUCAAGUUGAUGAUAAAAUCCAUGGACGUUCUAGUGGACAUUACGCACUUGUUACACAACAACCCCUUAGAGGAAGGGCGAAGCAAGGGGGACAACGAGUAGGGGAAAUGGAAGUUUGGGCUCUAGAGGGAUUUGGUGUUGCUCAUAUUUUACAAGAGAUGCUUACUUAUAAAUCUGAUCAUAUUAGAGCUCGUCAAGAAGUACUUGGUGCUACGAUCAUUGGAGGAAGAGUAUCUAACCCAGAAGAUGCUCCAGAAUCUUUUCGAUUGCUCGUUCGAGAACUACGAUCUUUAGCUCUAGAACUGAAUCAUUUCCUUGUAUCUGAGAAGAACUUCCAGAUUAAUAGGAAGGAAGCUUGAUCUGAAUGAAUCAGAAUUUCUAUUCUAUGAUUGACCGGUAUAAACAUCAACAACUUCGAAUUGGACUAGUUUCUCCUCAACAAAUAAAGGCUUGGGCCAACAAAAUUUUACCUAAUGGAGAGAUAGUUGGAGAGGUGACAAAGCCCUAUACGUUUCAUUAUAAGACCAAUAAACCAGAAAAAGAUGGAUUGUUUUGUGAAAGAAUCUCUGGGCCCAUAAAAAGUGGAAUUUGUGCUUGUGGAAAUUAUCGAGUGAUUGGAGCUGAAAAAGAAGACCCGAAAUUUUGUGAACAAUGCGGGGUGGAAUUUGUUGAUUCUCGGAUACGAAGAUAUCAAAUGGGAUACAUCAAACUCGCAUGUCCAGUGACUCAUGUGUGGUAUUUGAAACGUCUUCCUAGUUAUAUCGCGAAUCUUUUAGAUAAACCCCUUAAGGAAUUAGAAGGCCUAGUAUACUGCGAUGUGUGAUUUGAUCAAAAUUUUCGUUUUACAGAUUCGGACUGAGAAACUGUCAUCCCAUUCAAUCCGAUUGGGGUGCCCCCGGCUCUGACAUGUGUUUUGGGAGAAGUAAAAGUAACACGAAACUCAGAAUUAUAGGUGUAUUCAAUACUUCCAAAUGCAAGGGGAAUUGAUCCAUGGUCGAUUCCGUAUAAAUAGGAAUUGCUAGUUAUACCUCGUGAAAAAACACUUUUUUGUGGAAUCAGCUAUUCCAUUUCUUUAUAGAGAGAUUCCGUUUAAGCAAGCAAAUAUAGUAUGGUUACAGAAGUCUAUCUAUCGCAUAUAUGCUUCAAGGGGCAUCAUGGGAUAACCAUCGAGGUGAGUAGGGACCUAAAGGAUCGAAUAGAACGAUAUAUAGACAAGUAAAUCCCUUACGAGUCCCAAAGUAUUCUUUUAAGGGGAUUCAUCAUUUGACGGGAAGUAGACUACUCAAAAAUCCUACAUUUUUAUUUUGUCAUAAGUAAUUCGGAAAAUGAAAGUAAAAAAAGAAGAAUGAAUCGUUGGUCCUUAGUGGGAACUUGAGUAAGGAGUAGUUCUUUGUUUGUAGGGUUUUUCGAACAAACUUUUUAAAUAAGAAAGAAUCCCCUUUUUGAGGUAACUACUUGAGCCGGAUGAAAGGAAACCUUCACGUCCGAUUUUAAAAGGGGGAAUCCAAUCCUACAGGAACCUAUCUCGAUUUUUCUUUUGCUAGGCCCAUAGCGAAAAAACCUACUUUCUUACGAUUACGAGGUUUAUUCGAAUAUGAAAUCCAAUCUCGGAAAUACAGCAUACCACUUUUUUUUACUACCCAAGGCUUCGAGACAUUUCGAAAUCGAGAAAUCUCUACAGGAGCAGGUGCUAUCAGAGAACAAUUAGCCGAUUCAGAUUUGCGAAUUAUUACGGGUAAUUCAUUAGUAGAAUGGAAGGAAUUAGGGGAGGAGGGGUCCACUGGAAAUGAAUGGGAAGAUAGAAAAAUUAGAAGAAGAAAGGAUUUUUUGGUUAGACGCAUGGAAUUAGCUAAACAUUUUAUUCGAACAAAUGUAGAACCAGAAUGGAUGGUUUUGUGCUUAUUACCAGUUCUUCCUCCCGAGUUGAGACCAAUCAUUCAGAUAGAUGGGGGUAAACUAAUGAGUUCGGAUAUUAAUGAACUCUAUAGACGAGUUAUCUAUCGGAAUAAUACUCUUACCGAUCUAUUAGCAACAAGUAGAUCUACGCCAGGGGAAUUAGUAAUGUGUCAGGAGAAAUUGGUACAAGAGGCCGUGGAUACACUUCUUGAUAAUGGGAUCCGUGGACAACCAAUGAGGGAUGGUCAUAAUAAAGUUUACAAGUCAUUUUCAGAUGUAAUUGAAGGCAAAGAGGGAAGAUUUCGUGAGACUCUGCUUGGUAAACGUGUCGAUUAUUCGGGACGUUCCGUCAUUGUCGUGGGUCCUUCGCUUUCAUUACAUCAGUGUGGAUUACCUCGAGAAAUAGCAAUAGAGCUUUUCCAAACAUUUGUAAUUCGUGGUCUAAUCAGACAACAUGUUGCUUCUAACAUAGGAAUUGCUAAAAGUAAAAUUCGGGAAAAAGAACCCAUUGUAUGGGAAAUACUUCAAGAAGUUAUGCGGGGGCAUCCUGUAUUAUUGAAUAGAGCACCCACCCUGCACAGAUUAGGCAUACAGGCGUUCCAACCCUUUUUAGUGGAGGGACGCGCUAUUUGUUUACAUCCAUUAGUUUGUAAGGGUUUCAAUGCAGACUUUGAUGGGGAUCAAAUGGCUGUUCAUGUACCUUUAUCUUUGGAAGCUCAAGCGGAGGCUCGUUUACUUAUGUUUUCUCAUAUGAAUCUCUUGUCUCCAGCUAUUGGGGAUCCUAUUUCCGUACCAACUCAAGAUAUGCUUAUCGGACUCUAUUUAUUAACGAUCGGGAAUCGUCGAGGUAUUUGUGCAAA